AUGGGUGGCCAACUCACAAAAGAACAAGCUCGUUUGCCUUUCGGAUAUGUUCCAAAGUCAAUACAUCAGCGACAAUGCAUAACGGGAUUAAAUCCAUCAACGUUACGGUCUAAUAUACAUCCGUCUUCGGAUAACCCUGAAACGCUCUUUAAUGACAUUGGUGACUUUAAUAAUACCUCUCAAACCAUGUCUAAUCGUCCUAGUUCAAUAAUACCGACUGGUGAAACCGCGUCGAUUUUCACUGUAACGACCGAUACUAUUUCACCCGAAGUUAUGAUGGACGUGGAUAAACCGGAAGAUGAUAAUUCUUGUUGUCAAGGAAUGAUACCGGAUGAGUUUAAUAUAAAUGCUAAUUUGUGUCCAAUAGUAUUCAGUGAAUUACAAAAUUUUAAAAAUAUUGGACUUUGUCGGCGCGGUCUUGUUAAAUUAAGUCCCAAUAUUUGUUUCUUAUAUGUGACAACAUGCUUACAAAUAUGCUGUAACGAAUUGACUGAAAUACCAGCAGAAAUUGGCUACAUGAAAAAUUUGACAACACUUGAUGUUUCUAAAAAUCGAUUGGAAUUUAUUCCGGAUACAAUUGGAUUUUUGUACAAAUUGCAGGAAUUAAAGUUGUCAAAUAAUCAAUUAACAUGGAUACCGUCUUCCGUUGGUUCUCUCAAGAAACUUGGUACUCUUUUACUUGAUGAUAAUAAAAUUACAGAAUUACCGCCAGAGAUUGGUCAAAUAAAAACUUUGGUCCAUUUGGAUGUUCGAGAAAACCCACUGACUGUUUUACCUGCUGAAGUUGGACGGCUUCAACAACUUCGGAAAUUGCGAACUGAUGGAUGUCCUCUAAAAACAGAAUUUGUACAUCAGCUUACGCAUUCUCCACCGACGCUAAUGGAACUUGCUGCACGUACUAUUGUUAGACUUCAAGUUCCAAUAUUAGAAGAUACAACUGAUCAUAUCAAAGAUUAUCUUGCUAGCGCCAAAAAGUGUAGUUUUUGUGGUGGUCCUUAUUUUGAAAACUAUACAAAACGCGGUAAAAUUAUUGACAAAAACGAACAGCAUAUUCCCCUCGAAUAUCGCUUAUGUUAUCCUCACUGGAACACCGAACAAGAACGCGUUAGUCUAUUAUUUUGUGCGUUACCCGAUACAGCACCCAGUCCUGAACCAUACAAACGUCGUCGUAAUACGGACAAAUCAUGUGACGGAAACUCAGUAGUGAGUGUCUCAUCUAGUACACAGGAAAAAGUUCAGCGUCCUUCCGUAAGGCGCUCCAUGACUAUUCCUCUAAGCUCCCUUACUAGAUCACCUUCUUUACCUAGUUUGCCGAGAUCUGCGUCUCCACGACCAACAAAUGACCGACUACAAGAUGAAGUUGAUAUAAAAAAGAGUAGUGGCUCUCGUGGACGUAAUGGAGGUGUACCAACAUUAUGGCGUUCAAAAAAGAAUAAUGCUUCAUCUGCUAUCCUUGGAAAGUCAUCGCGACGCCAAAGUUCUCGAUGGCGUACAUAA